ACUGAUGAAAAUGGCGACGCGUUAGCGACCGAAAACACCCAAAAGGCAAACGAACGCAUGUCCCAAAUGAAGAGGAGGAGCAAUGCUGGAGGUGCCGCUAGCAGGCAAAAGUCAAAGAGACAGAGUAGCGCAUCACAACGGACUAGCAAAAGAUCCUCAACCACGUCAGGGCGUGCAUCGGUAACAAACGAGGUUGACGAUACGCGCCAGUACCAGACCAUUAUUUCUGAGGAACUUGCGGCGAAGAUGCUUGAUGCGAAAGGAAGUCGGCGCUUCAGCUCCUCGGAAAUAGAUCGAGAAGGUGGUGAGAAAGCUACGGCACUCCCUCCUGGCGUCGAGGCUGCGAAGAGCGUCGCGACCGAUCUCGGUAUCGUACAAGAAAACAACCCUGACCUUGAUCUUCGUCUAACGGACUUUACCAGUUCUCAAGUUGCACCAGCACGACCACCGGAGCUCUACGCGAGCCGAGCGCGCGGGCCGGCGCGCGAGCGUCGGGAGCGUGCGCGAAACAAAAACAGUCCCAUCAUCGGGCAGAGAAUUGUAAAAAAGGGGAGUGUAGACUCGACAGGAUUGUCAGCUGAGCCGGCGGCAGCAAAGUCAGGAGACAACAGGCAGGACGCUGUGGAAGUAGACACCGAGGAUGACGGUUCGGAGGAGGGGACUGGCCUGCAGCAAGCGAACAGUAGCAAAGGCUCGACUUCCUCUCUACGCUCGAUGGUGAAGGCAGGCGCUGCAGCCGGCCACACACAGAGUCAUGAUCCUCAGCAGCAUUACGCUGGUGCAGCGAAUUACACACAGUGGCGUGACGCUUACCAAAAAAUCCUCGAAUAUCAAGGCAGCCAUCCUCCGUUGAAGAUCCUGAACGCAGAUGCUAAGGCCACGCUGCGGAAAAAACACGCAGCCAUGCCCCACGCCGAAUUUGAAGCAUUUUGGUAUCGCUAUAACGCGCUCCACGUGCACGGCUUUCUGGGUUUGGACGGGGUCUCGCUGCCAGCUGAGCAUCUGGCGCAAGACGAUGCUGGUCUCGUCGAAUACCAAGCAUUAGUGGCAGCGAGCCGCAUCGAUGGCUCCGCCGCAACGCUCGAACAAUACCUCGGUGUUCCACUCGAGUCGGUUCUUCCUACCGUUCCUCACCUGCUAGACGAGCUGCAACAUGAGAUGCUCCAAAUUAGCGCAAUUAGCGGAGGUAACAAGUCUCUUGGUCAUGGACAGCUGCAGCGAGGUUCUGCCAUCUCUCCCACAGGUGCACCUAUAAUUGGCAAUGUAACUAGAAGUAUUUCUGCACUUGCUGCGGGUGGCCUUGAUCAGAUAAGUGAGCAGCGACGCAAUAUCGACCUUGAGAAUGGCGUCGGAGCUGUGAUUGGGGGUGGUGGCUACGUGCACUUUGUCGCCCCCGGGAAUGUUUCGAGUGUCGGUGGCGCGGCGGAACAGCGCUGGGCACUCGAGCGUGGACACUUCAGCGACUCCCCUCCGCUUGCGGGAACUCUGAUGGUUCCCACGACGCCGCGGGGGGGGUCGGGCUCGCCACGACCUGGGCACGGGCAGCAAGGUGCUGGAAAGUUAGGAGGAGGACUGACGGCAGCUCUAUCGCCAAGGCCUGGCGUUGGCGGAUCGAGCCCGACCACCUCCACCACGGCCUACGUGCCGCGAAGCAGUACUGCGACGCGCCUCAGUAUGCGUGGCGUGUACGAGACCGUUGCGGGGCGUGGUGGGCGCAUGUUGCAAAUGGAGUUGCAGGAGGCCGCAACCCGUGCAAAGAAUCUGGAGGUCAAGCAGGGUUCUUCGGUCAGAACAAAGAAGCCCUUGUCGGGUCCCUUUGCGGAAGUUGAUGCAAGGCUUGCCGCGGAAGCGAGAGAGAGAACCAAAUGGAAGGCGAAGGCUGCGCUUCGCGCCUACCACGUGAAAGAUCCGCCUGGAGUCGGCGUUCCGGGUCCCGGGGCUUACGCUCACCCCGAAGAAAAAAUUUCAGCGAAAAGAAUGCCUGCUUAUUCCUUUGAACGUGCCGACAUGCACAUACACAACGGACGCAUUCGAAGCAGCACGCGUUGGGCGCAGUCGAACAAGGAUCGAGCGUUUCACCCAGCUAGGCGGUUAGAAGACUCCGAUGAUCGCCACAUCGGUCCUGGGGCUUACAACAUCGAGAAAUUUGGCAAGCUGAAUAUCCUGGACAAAGCCGUCUUCGAGUCACCGGGAGAUGCACUGCGAAGGGCAAUGGGACUGCAGAAACGCCACGAGAACGAUCAUGCAGCACGCGACGCAGCGUCAACGAGACUGACGUGUCCCGGUUGCCUCAAACGCUUUCCUCGCACCACGCGAGGAGAGCAAUUCGCUGCGCACAUUGCCGCGUGUCCAGAUCUGCCCAAGUUCCCCGUGAUGAGUAUGUCAGCGUUCCAAAAAACGCUCGCGCACCUGGUAGACCAGCCUCACGCCGACGUAGCGUCGCUGCUUGGCUUAGAAAUGACUCCAACACCGGAGCAUUUGAAGCAUAGCCACCACGCUCAUGCAAGGAAAAGCGGCCGCGUACCCCAUGCUGGAAUUAUGACAGAGCACGGCGAGCAUGUCGUCGAGACUGAUGGCAUGACGCGCAAGCCGCGCCUCCAUCGCGUUCAUAUCCAGACAGAUCCGAAGGACCGCGAGGCGGAAGUGCCUCUGGAACAGACUGACUUCGUGGAGGACAUCGCAGACUCUGCCAAACGUGAGCACGGAUCGGGCAUAGGCCGUAUGUUGAAAAUAGCCACUGCAAUUGGCGGCCAGGCAACAGCGGCAGCACCACAUGGUCACGGUGCCGCCAAACUGCAUCACGCACACGCUAAGAGUAAAAGCAAGGGUGAGAAAAUCGACGUCGACCUACUCGUCGGAGGAGAAAAACAUAAUGCGCGAUUACGCAGAUCUAGCUUGGCCACUACUGGCUUGCUCCGGCCGCGAAGCGCCUUGCCGGAGCAGUACUCGCCGAGUGUGGAUCAGGCUAAGGGCGUCCUCGAUAGAAACGGCGCCGAAGCGCUUGCGCGCGAGAAGCGGAUGAUGCGCCAGUCCCGCGCGUCUCGUCUGCACAUGGGAACGAAAGAACGCCGAACGGCCGCACCACAAGCGCACGGCUUCGACACCUUUUUGCGAGGGGGGCCUUCUUCAUCUCCUUCUCCAGCAAGUACUAUCAGGGCAACCAUGGAUUGGGGCACGAUGGCGGCAAGGAACACCCAACGACCGAUCAUGGCCGCGCAACGAACGACAACGGCCGUUCGAAAUCAAGGGAGUACCACGUCCAUUGCCUCAACAACCUCAAUCGGCUCAACCGCAUCAAGCGCGAUGAAGGCGCGGGCGACGCGACUAAGAGCAACAGCCGUAGGAGCACCAAAAAAGGGUACCACACGUCUUGAAAGCGAGAUUGGACUCGCCUGUCGAUACUGUCAAUGUCGUCUGAGAUCCGAGAAAGAACGAACCUUGCACGAGCGCUGCAUCUGCAUACAUCGGCCGUACUGAAGAUUUUCUUUUUAUUUUUGGGUUGGCCUUAGAAGUUUCUAUUCUGUAUCUGUAAUUGGCUUUGGCAGACAACCAUUGCCAUUCCCCCUGUCUAACGAAAAUAAACAAUAACAAAUUCGUUUUUUGUAUUCGACGGUUGUAAUUUAGAUUUUAAUUCUUGUUUUGCCGGCAUCAUACACGUAAAGGUAGAGUUUGGUGUCAAAAAAUAUGAUGAAAUAUCUGCUGGAGAGCAUCAACAUCUUUCUCUAGAGACUCGUCUAGUCCUGAAUAUCGCAUUCAUCAAAAACAACAGGUGCGAUUGCCCACACAUGGUUCAUGGCUGUCCCGUAGUUUUGCCAGCCUGCGAGAUUCCAGCUCACGCCGCCACCUGUCCCUUCAAAGACGCCGUCUAUGACCCGAAUAAAGCUCUCGAAUCUCCGGGUGCUCGUCCUUCUGGCGUUGUAGUUGCAACAUUAAGUGUCACGCGUACUACUCCUGCAGCGAUUAGUAGUCCAACUACUACAGUUGGUCAAGCCAAAAACAGCGCGCUGCUGCAACUACCCACUACCAAAAAGAAGGCUGGCGCAUUUGGCGUCAAGAAUGCAGCGUCAGAGAAGAAAGAUGAAGACGAGGAGGAAUCGGACUACGAGGAAGAAGACGAAUCUUUAGGCAAGGACUAGGCUGAAAAGUGAACACAACGAAAUUUAGAUUUUUCUUGAUGAAGCAAGAGACGCUGCACAAAUUUACGUGUUUCCGUGGAAAGACAACAUCAUGAAAAUGAUGCUGACAUGGAAACUCAAAUUGAUCGACCACGAGAUGUGAAUGAAAGAAUCAGCAUGAGUGUUUCUGCAUGCUGCUGUAAAUCUCUUCACCACAUCACACGCUUCUAAGGGAUUGUAAUUCAUGAAUGUACAGAUUGUUUUGGUGUAAAUCUGAUGCUAAUCUUCGGGAACACGGGAAACAAAAGAAAUAACGAGAGCCUACUCAAAGUCAGACUCCUCGUCUUGGAGGUGUCAUCUGAUUUAGUAUUUCUACUAUACUGAGAUCAAAUUAUAACAGUAAACAAUAUAACGUGGAAGCAUAAUAAUUUCUUUGGGAUGCGCCGAACCAUGAUUCAUGAAAACUCGACGUAUUAAGUAGAUUGAUGAUUACUAUGUACUACAAAUAGAUGAUAUUACAACUACAACACGCAAUGCAACGAAUGUGCACAUGCACAUCUUGAUGUGGGAUACAUUUUUUUCUUGACUAGAUCUAAGAACCGGAAACACAAAUUCAUCUACACGCAGUCACAGGGAACAAUGGUGACGUGAAUUUGCUGUACUAACGAACUUCUAUGAUCAUGGGAAACAUAAUGAUACAACAUCUGUACGGAUCGCUGAGCUCUGAU